GGCGGCCGGCAUCGGAGCGCCACCGCUCUAUUCCGCGGCCGCGGGCCGUUUUCCAUUUAGUCAUUCGACGUGCCUCAACGUGUACAGUACGUUUGAUAAUUGAGUAUAAUUUAUUCAAACUUUAGCUCCGCAACUACUUGUCUAACUACCAACAUGGUUUACGAAGUUCAGGACACUUUGGACUUAAAGAGCAAGCUCGAGGCAGCUGGCAGUAAGCUUGUUGUCAUUGACUUCUUUGCCACAUGGUGUGGACCAUGCAAGCUGAUUGCACCAAAGCUCGAAGAACUUUCUCAAGAAUUGACUGAUGUUGUGUUCCUGAAAAUUGAUGUUGACAAGUUAGAAGAUGCUAGCCAGGAGUAUGACAUCUCUAGUAUGCCUACAUUUGUAUUCAUCAAGAAUGGAGCUGAAGUGGAGAGAUUCUCUGGAGCCAACAUUGACAAAGUCAAAGCUACAAUAAACAAACUAAAGGCUUAAACAUUUCCAUUAUGUUAUUGAAAAUACAUUUUAAUUAUCCUGUUGUGCAAACACGUGAAGAAAUCACAGAUUUGAGUAGAAAUUUGCUUGUCAGCAAAUAGCAAGCUUCAAUAGUUUGCAAGUUUAAUUGGGACAUAACAUUUAUUAGCUAUUUUUUAUCGAAUUUUCUUUGUCUAAAAUUUGAUAUGCUCCUGCAAAUAAUCAUCGUAUUAUACAGUAUACACCACACUUAUUUGAAAUUUUUUAAAUUGUCAACCUUGCUCCUAAUAAAUUCUA